AUGUCAAACAACGCGAUCCAGUCAAGCGAGUCGAAUGCGGCCGUGGAUGAUGACGAACCGGAUGAUUGGGACAAGAGAAUCUUCAGCACCGGCUGCUCAGUGGAAAAUUCAAAGAUGACGGACUGCUACUAUGAUACGAAGGACUGGAGGGCGUGUAAGAAGGAGAUGGAGGCUUUCCGUGAAUGCUGGAAGAGACAAGGCAAUGAGCAAAGAACCGACUCUAAAGAUGCAUGA